GAAAUGGCGUAUUUGCAUUCAGGUUAUCCUGUAACUUCUGUCAUCAAGUAUUCCGGCGAACUAGCCGCCCAAAGACGAAUUAAGACCACGAUCAGGAAUUAAACAGAGCAUGGAAGCGAAUAAACCACUUCGGACUUCAGCUGCCGAGGCAUCUGGACCAGACGAUGAGGCAAGAAAGGCAGCAGCCAAAGCCAAGGAGGCCAACCGCCUUGCUGAAGUUCGUCUGGUGGUGUUGGGAUGGAGGUGGCCAGGGAAGAGCUUGACAGGCAACACCAUCUUAGGCAGAGAGGAGUUUCACCUGGAGCGAGCUGCUGAGUUCUGUGUCACGAGGCAGACGGAGGUGCAGGGGCGGCAGGUGACUGUGGUGGACACGCCAGGCUGGUUCUCUUCCCAGGAUACCCCGCCUUCCUAUAAACAGGAGUUAGUCAGGGGAGCCUCUCUUUGCCCUCCAGGUCCACAUGCCUUCCUGCUCGUCAUCCCUGUUGGCAUGUUCACCGAGGUGGACCGUGCUCGCAUUCAGGAGCAUGUGAGCCUCUUUGGGGAGGAUGUGUGGAGGCAUACGAUUGUAGUGUUCACCUGGGGGGAGGUGUUGAAAACUAUCUCCAUCGAGAGGUACAUUCGUAGGGAGGGCAAAGAGCUGCAGUGGGUGUUGGAGAAAUGCAAGCGGAGGUACUUUAUUAUUAACAACUGCAUAUUUGGGGAGCAUCCUCAGGUAGGACACUUGAUAGAGAAGGUGGAGAAGAUAGUGGCAGAUGAGGGUGGGCACUACAAUCCAGAGGAGGCGAAGGAGAAGAAACCUUUAGAUGAGAACCAGAAUCCUGCCAGGGAGGCGGAAGAGCUGGGAGCCCGACCCAAACAAAACUCUGGAUUGGGUUUGUCAAAAGCCAGAGAGGUGGAGGCACAUUCAAAUUAACGAGACACUCAUGGCUGAUGGAGCCUCUAACCUACAACUAAUGGAGCCUCUCCCUUACUGAUCUGAUGGCAAAGCUGCUUGUGUGUUGAGAGGAAAAAAAUGGUAAAAAAAAAAACAAACAAACCCUGAAAUGUUACUGUAUGUAAAAAUCAAUGUGAUAUAUUUAUUCUCUUUUUUUUAAUCAGUCAUUGACAUUCUUGAUGAGCUCACUUUGAUAUAGGAGGCUUUUUAAACCCUUUAUUUCAUGUUGUUCAAAGAUUUAUUGUCCCAUUUUUACCUGAAAUGAAACUGAUUGAUGUUACUAGGUUUGCAAUACUGUGUUGAGGGCUGUGUGAUGAGACUUCAAACAGAGAAGCAUGAGUUGCUACAUACAUAUUGCUAAACCUAGUGUGUACACUCCUUACCGGAUACCAGUGGCAGAACUGCACUACUAAAUGGUCCCUGUAAUAUCCUGUUGAUGAUUGCUGAGGGAAUUGCUUUUCAAAUGAUUCCCAUUUGUUGUGACCAAACUGUAAAUGCUUUUCUAAUGUGGCAUUGUUUAUUACAUACAAGUGUACAGUUUCAAAGCACUUGAGCAGUUACUGAUGUUUGUGUUUUUGUGUGUCACCUUAAAGCAGUGAUCUUGUUUGUUUUAAAUCAAUUUUAUAUGUGAUUACCUUAUGGCAGAGGGAUGUAUUUUAGAAAAGAAUGACUAUUGGUCAAUAAAAAAAAUUGAGGGGAUGGUUUUAAAUCAUUUUCCAGUAAAAAAAAAAAAAAAAAAUGCUAGAUAGUUACCAAUUCAAGAUUCUCAGUUGUUAAUUAUCUGCUAGCAAAUUAAAUAUCUUUGGGUUUUGGAAAAUUGAAUUUCAAGGUGUUUUCUUUGACUUUUAUAGACUUUUAUGUUUCCUGUAAUCUGAGAGGAAAGAAGAAGGUCAAAUGUUAACAUUUAAAAAAAGUAGAAAGGUGAGUAUUAACAGUACAGUCACACUAGGAAAAAACAGUGGUUGGAAAGUGCAGCAUGACUAAAAUUAUUCAGACCGUGUUUAAUGAACUUGUGAUUUUUGUUGCCUUUGAAAUGGUUGCUUCGAAGACAGUGACCAGGUCUGCGACCACUCACGGUCACUUGCUGUCCUUAAAGCAGCUUCUCUCCAUUUUUCUAACUGCUUAUCCGGUUCAGGGUUGUGGAGAAGGCUGGGGUCCAUCUCUGCAUACAUCCAACUGUGGGAUGAAAGUCAUGCAGGAACAUGCAACAUGCAAACUCAUGUAAAGAAAGGCCCCAGCCAAACAGUGCCACCCACUACACCAUGUUGCUCAUUGAAAGAAAAUGCUGAAUUGUUUCCGCAGAUGUUUUUUGUGCCUUAAGGAUAUAAACAGUGAUUUGGUGAGAAGUUCAGACUUUAAACAUAACUUCUGUGGUUUACAAGAAAACUCCACAGGGCACAGUUGUUCUUUUUUGUUUGCAGAAAAAACACGACCUGGUGUAGUUUUUGGUUUCUAGCAGGCAGUACAAGCAUGAUGAAAGAUUCACAACUCUGUUUGCUGUGACUAUCAGAUGAGCAGGAGUUAGAUGAAAGGGUAUCAUAUUGUGCAGGUGGGCCACUUUAUUAAAUGAUCUUCUGAGACUCAUUUAGUGCCUAUUCAAGGUGACCUUAACAGGAAAGGGUUAGCGGUUCUUAUAGAGACACUUAAAUCUUUCCUCUGUGAGCUUUACAAACUUUACCUUAGUCCUCCGUGUUUUUGACCUCAAAGCUGCCAGCGUGCCUGUGUUUAUUGAGCCCUGAUAGCAACAGCAGAGCUGCACACAGCAUGAAUAUUGGCGUUCAAUAUGCCCCUCGCUACCACAGGUCUAUAUCUGCCAAUAUUACAGAGUUUUAUUCCUUAAGAUGUUGAUGGAUUUACUUUGGAUUAACCUUCAUGCUUUUAGGUACUUUAGGAGAAGCUGGCCUUCAGUCUUUAGUUUUCUGUAAAUGUCACAGGUCCGUCCUCAUUUUUGGCUAUCGCAGGCUUGAGUUCGAGCUGGAUAGAAAAUGGCUUGAUAGAAAACCAUCAAGGCCGCCAUAUUAACCAACUGAAAUAAAGCCAUUUUUCGUGGGAACGCUGCGUAUAAACUGCAAGUCUUUUGUAUGGAUUUAUAGUCAGUAAUGAGUACAACAAAACUCAUUGCUGUGCUCUCGGGUACACACUAUACUUGUUUAACCCAGUUUGGGACAAUGCUGACAUGGUGGCUGACAUUUCAUGCUGAAACCUGAGAUGUAUAACUGAUCUGCAGGUGACCAACUGUACAAAAGCAUGUGAGGAAGAGAGAUUACUGAUAGCUCAUGCUGGCUCUGAACAGUUAUUUACAAACACUGCUACAGAUGUGAGCCAGUCUUGGAUUAAUGUCUCUUAUGUAAAGAAGAAGAAGAAAAAAGUAAAAACAUGGCUAUACCAAUGAGCACACUGAUUUAAAGAAACAAGACUGGCGACAAGUAUUUGCUAAUUAUGAAUGCGUAGGAUGCUGUCAAAAGCUCCCGAGGCUUCAAUCCUGCUUUAUCUCUGAUGCAUUUCUUGGUCCAGCAUGUGAAUCCAGUUACUCCUAAGUAAUUCAUGAAUGAAGGGUCACCUCUCUGUCACUUCUUUGCACUCCUGUUACACUGUAUGGAAUUAGCUGUAACUAAACUAACUUUACACUGUCCUUUUUUUUCUGUCAAAUAAAUAUAUAUCU